UUUUUUUCAUCACAUCCCACUGAGUAUUUUUCUCAGAUAAUGAAACUGUUUUUUAAAGGUUUCCAAUCCAGAUUUAUGUGGCGAAUGCUUUAAUUAAGAUCGAUAUAUUCCAUUUGUUUGGCUUUGAUACGGAAUUUUUAGCUGGAAUCGCAUUGCCCUCUAGCGCUGUGACGGGCUGGCCACGGUGAUGUCACCACACGAGCGGCGUGAGCGAAGGCAGCCGGCGCAGGCAGAGCUGCCUAAGUGCUGACAAACCCUUCCUGGAGACGCAUGUCACAGCAGCUAGACAGGGGCAUCUUUCCAACAGAACCACAAAUGCACAAAGGAAAGCAGUAAACCUGUCUUUUAUUUCAGGGACGUCAUGAUCGAAACAGCUACCUUCGAGCUCCAGCCAAGACUUCUGCCUGCUCAUUUCUGUUUAAGUGAGUUCCUAUGAGAAAUUAAGCAAGUUUGAACAGCCUGUUAUUUCUGACAGGCUUCAGAAGACUUCAUGCUGUGCAAGUUUUGCGUGCUUACAGCUGACAGCUUGCUGGGGACAUGAGUUCUCAAUCUAAAACUGGCCGGGGCUUUGCAGCAACUUCUUGGGUAAAGAGAUAACUUUCAGCUGAACUCAAGCCAUCUGCUUGUUGUGCAAGGGAUCCAAGCACAACUUGCUAUGGAGGAUGAUUUUUAAGAUGAGUACCUACUUUGGUGAUAAAUCCAAUUCAUCAAUACCUGGAUAUUGGAAAUUGUCUGCACUACAUAAUGGCAAUCUUUCAGCAAACAACUCCAAUGAGACAGCAAGCAAUCUGGAUUCACCUCCCUUGGAUAUCACUAGGGCGAUAAUUGUGGGGCUUAUCCUAGGUGCCUUUAUACUCUUUGCCAUUGUAGGUAAUAUCAUGGUAAUUCUCUCUGUUGCUUGCAAUAGACAUUUAAGAAUUCCUACGAACUAUUUCAUAAUUAACCUCGCAAUAGCAGAUUUGUUGCUGAGUUUUACUGUCCUUCCAUUCUCUGCUACACUGGAAAUCCUUGGCUACUGGGUUUUGGGGAGGAUAUUCUGUGAUAUCUGGGCAGCAGUUGAUGUCCUGUGCUGUACAGCUUCUAUUUUAAGUUUAUGUGCAAUUUCUAUAGAUAGAUAUAUAGGAGUACGUUAUUCUCUCCAGUAUCCAACUUUAGUAACAAGAAGAAGGGCAAUUUUAGCUCUUCUGGGUGUCUGGGUCCUUUCCAUGGUGAUUUCUAUUGGGCCUCUUCUGGGCUGGAAAGAACCAGCACCCAAGGACGACAAAGAGUGCCGUAUCACUGAAGAACCAUUCUAUGCUUUGUUUUCUUCCUUGGGGUCAUUCUACAUUCCUUUGAUUGUCAUCCUCGUGAUGUACUGUCGGGUCUACAUAGUGGCAAAGAGGACUACUAAAAACUUGGAAGCCGGGGUUAUGAAAGAAAUGUCCAACUCCAAGGAGCUGACUUUACGGAUUCAUUACAAGAACAUUCAUGAGGACACAUUAAACAACACCAAACCCAAGAGUCACAAUCCCAGGAACUCCUUAGCUUUCAAACUUCUAAAAUUCUCUAGAGAAAAGAAGGCAGCCAAGACGCUGGGAAUCGUGGUUGGCAUGUUUAUCUUGUGCUGGCUACCUUUCUUCAUUGUUCUGCCACUAGGAUCUCUGUUUUCAGCUCUGAAGCCCCCUGAAACAAUCUUCAAGGUGAUUUUUUGGCUUGGCUACUUUAACAGCUGCUUGAAUCCAAUCAUCUACCCCUGCUCAAGCAAAGAGUUCAAGAGGGCUUUUAUACAGAUCCUAAAAUGCCAGUGCCACCGUCGAAAGCAGUUGGGGUGGUGGGCCUACAGCUACAGAAACUGGAAUCGGUGCUCCUUUGAACACCCUAGGAAGGACUCUCUGGAAGACAGCGGGAGUUUCCUAAGUGGCAGCCAGAGGACGUUAUCUUCAGCAUCUCCCAGCCCUGGAUACCUGAGCAAAAUCACUCAGCCAGAUAUGGAGAUGUGCACAUUCCAGGAAUGGAAAAACUCCAGCUCUUUCCUGAGCCCCUUACAGGAAGGCAGCAGACAAAAAGACCCAUGCCAGUUCUUUACCUUCAAUCUCUUAACGGAGCGCAAUGGACACGUUCCUGCUGGCAGCCAAGCUUCCAGAAAUGGGGACCAUGAAGCCACCUGUGACACACGGAACGGCAACUGACUGUAAGGCAAACUUGAUGCUGGAAUGAACAGAUUAUGAACAGCCUGUUCUCUUUGUAUGCUAACCUGUUUGAUACUUGGCCAGGUGAAGAAAUGGACCUUUGCAGUUUCUCAGUACAGUUCUAGACGGAAGCCAGUGAGGAACAGGCAGAUGUUUGUCACAUGAGCAGCAAAGUGCAGGCUAACAAUAUUCCCAGUCAGCUGCCAGAGAUACUACUGAAGCAGGAAUAGAAUGCAGGGAAGGCGCUUCAUAAACCCAGGGAAGUGCACAUUCAAUUAUUUAGCUGUUGUGGAAGUGCUGUGGAACAGCCAAACACGUAUGUAUGUAGAAAGAAUUAUAAAUAUGGGGGCGGGCAGGGGAAAUGUGUAUGAAUGUGUGUGUGUACAUGUGUGCUAGCUGCACGUAUGGAUGCCUGAGAGUGGAAGUGCACAAUGCAGUAUCGUUUGUACCCUCCAAGGGUACUAGCUGCCGCUGAAUUUGCCUGUAAUUUCUUAUUGUUGUUGUACUUCACUGUACAUUAGCACUUUCAAAAUGGAAAACAUUAUCAAAGAUUAAAGUAAUUUCCCAACAAUUUAAACACUUGUACCUAUUACUACAGGAGUGGAAUACAGCCAAGUUCCUUUCAUCACAAUCUUCACUUCAGAAUAAAAUGGUCAUAGCGGUUAAACUUGCAAUUGUAACUCCUAGGGUGAUCUUGAAUCCCUCUGCAGUUUCUUCCCUUUCAUGAUUCCUUUAUCACCAACACACACAACUCUUCUAUUCUUCACCACGUUCUUUUUCGGAAGUCUGAAAAUAUCAGCAAAGAUGAGAGUUCACAGUCUGCACUUCAACACAUUAGUAAACGUCCUGUAAACAUAUAGGCUACCAGAGGAUCUGAUUUCUAGAAACAACACUCAUAAAUCACUGCAAAUACAGCAUAAACAGUGUUGUGAACACAGCUUAAAAGACCACUGACUGCUGGAGGUCCAAAACCCAGUCUUAGAACAGAUACACUAAGCCUGUAAUUAUUUCAUCACACUUUGAAAAUAACAUUGCACAUUUAGAAGAUUUUACUUUGCCACUCAGAUAAGAAAAGAAACACUCAAAACAACACAGUAGUGUAAGAUUCACUGUCAUUAAUAUUUUCCAGCUCAAUAAUAUCUUACCAUAACAGAAUUCCUGAAAAUAUCUUCUAGGACUUUUUAGGUCAUGUUUGAAAAUUACUUUUAUCUCUUGCAAUUAAGUGUGAAUCAUGAAACUAAUGACUGAUUUAUUUACAUGAAGGAGUACAAACUGUGGAAAUUGGUACUUACUCCUUCCUCCAAAUGAGACUUUCCUUAUUAGGAAUUUUAGGGAUAUUUUUAAAGCCUGAAACAGACAAUGAACCGUAACAGAUGUACUAAAACACUGAGGGACAAUUUGACACUGCUAGGUCCCAAAGGAGAGCCAUUUCCUUUUGUUUCCAUAAAUGUGUUUUUUCUCAUUAAGUUGACAGGGGUGGAUGUGGCUUGUGGUUAGAUGAAAUAUCCCCCAGCUCAGUGAGCAACAAUAGGAAAGUUAUGUUCCAAGGUCUUCCCAUGGUCAUACGCUAUGGUAAGAACCACAUAAGUAUGUUUUAGGUCUUAUUCUGCUUGAAGUUAUGGCCAACCUCCUAUUUUAAUAAUUCCAUUUUAAGUGUGGAGAAGGCUGUAAUUUCUUCUUGAAAGGACAAUGCUUAUAAAAUGUAAAAGUAUUAUAAAACAGAUAAGCAAACUUUUGAUGGUCAGAUAUUGAGGUUGCCAUAAAGAAUAUUCCACUUAGCUGUGAUAUGCUAGUAUGAAGCUAUCCCGUUUGGCCCCUAAAUGGCAGAAAACUAUAUUUCUAACCUAUUGUUAUAAUUUUUGAAGGGAAUGCACAGUAGUCUGACAAACACUUUUGGGUUUUGCAAAGCUUCUUCAAAAGUACUCUUAAUUGGAAAUAAAUUUGCUUAAUCUAACCAUGCGACAGCACAUUUCAGCUAAAUUUGAGUCACACAUGACUUGAAUAGUAUAAGGUAAAUCCAAGUCAUUUUAUCCAUAUUUGACAA